CCACGGGGUGCUGGGGCGCGUCAGUCUUAAAAGCCAGAUGAGCAGUUUAUGCUGUCCUCACACUUCCUCUGUCUUUAUGCUACAGAUGUCUGGACUGCAAGCCUGCACUGUGCUGAGAGAGAGAUGACUUGAGUGGCCAGCAUUUUUUUUUUUUUUUUAAUCUCCACAACAAUGUCUAUGAACAAUUCCAAACAGCCAGUAUCUCCUGCAGCUGGGCUCCUUUCCAAUACAACUUGCCAGACGGACAACCGGUUUUCGGUAUUUUUUUCAGUCAUCUUCAUGACAGUGGGAAUUUUAUCAAACAGCCUUGCCAUUGCUAUUCUCAUGAAGGCCUAUCAGAGAUUUAGACAGAAGUCCAAGGCAUCGUUUCUACUUUUGGCCAGUGCCCUGGUAAUCACAGACUUCUUUGGCCACCUCAUCAAUGGAGCUAUAGCAGUCUUUGUGUACGCUUCUGAUAAAGACUGGAUCCGCUUUGACCAGUCGAACAUCCUUUGCAGUAUUUUUGGUAUCUGCAUGGUAUUCUCUGGUCUAUGUCCGCUUUUUCUAGGCAGUGUGAUGGCCAUUGAGCGAUGUAUUGGAGUCACCAAGCCAAUAUUUCAUUCUACGAAAAUCACAUCCAAACAUGUGAAAAUGAUGUUGAGUGGAGUGUGCUUGUUUGCUGUUUUCAUAGCUUUGCUACCCAUCCUUGGGCAUCGAAACUAUAAAAUUCAAGCAUCGAGGACCUGGUGUUUCUACAAAACAGAGCACAUCAAAGACUGGGAAGAUAGGUUUUACCUUCUACUCUUUUCUUUUCUGGGGCUCUUAGCCCUUGGCGUUUCAUUCUUGUGCAAUGCCAUCACAGGAAUUACACUUUUAAGAGUUAAAUUUAAAAGUCAGCAGCACAGACAAGGCAGGUCUCAUCAUUUUGAAAUGGUCAUCCAGCUCCUGGCUAUUAUGUGUGUCUCCUGCAUUUGCUGGAGUCCAUUUCUGGUGACAAUGGCCAAUAUUGGAAUAAACGGAGAUCAUUCUCGGGAGACCUGUGAAACAACAAUUUUCGCUCUCCGAAUGGCAACGUGGAAUCAAAUCUUAGAUCCCUGGGUGUAUAUUCUGCUGCGGAAGGCGGUCCUGAAGAAUCUCUACAAACUCUCUCGGCGCUGCUGUGGGGUCCAUGUCAUUAGCUUGCACAUGUGGGAGCUUAGCUCCAUUAAAAAUUCCUUAAAGGUUGCUGCUAUUUCUGAGUCCCCAGUUGCAGAGAAAAUAAAUCAGCCAGCACCUGGUUUAAUAGGACAGUAAGGCAGUGUAGGUCUAGGGCAACCAACAUUCAGGAAAGUUUUGUCAAUAUUUCAGUUAAUUGGAUGGAAACAGAAAGCCUAACUGGAAAAUUCAGACCUCAGCAGUUAGUUUGGAGACACUUUUGUCAGAUUCAGCUGUUGAAAUUUGUGAAAUUCACUGUGCAAUUGCAUCUUUUCCCUUAUUAUUAUUAUUAUUUUUUUCAACUGGAGGUAAACACAGUAUGAUAAUGCCAUGGGAGUCACACUGAAAAAGUGUUUUGGGCUUCUUUGUGUUAUUCACGCUUUUGGAAUGAGUGACUCUGUUGAAGCCUAAAGCCUUUGUGUGUCUUAUUUGUCCAACAGCAUCUUAAUACUUACCUGCACAAUGAAAUAGCUGUUUGGGGGUCAUUGCUCUGCAGCUGUUCCUGAUGAA